AUGGCAGCCGCAAUCUUCUACCCGUUCAAUCGACUGCCAAAGGAGCUCAGAGACCAGAUAUGGGAGGAAGCGAUCCGCCCCGACGUCCCAUCAGCCCACUUCUUCUCAGCCUGGGAUAGCCGGCAACACGCCUCAUACCCAAGGAUGGCCGAGCUGUCCGUAGCCGGUCGAGGCGAGGACAGAGACAUACCGUGCGGCCUAGCAGCUCCGCGUCGCAACAAAGCAGAACCCGACAUCCCUUCGUGGUUCGACAACAACCCGUCGGUGUAUCUCGAGGACGGCGGACUCUGGACAGCGUGCAAGGAGUCGCGCGAAGCAACGACCAAGCGCUUCGGCAAUCACAGAGUCGUCUACCAGCGGCCGCCCGUCGACGAGGACGAGCCCGCCGUCAUCGAGCCGUUCGAGCACAUCGUCGACGCACCUACUAUCGGUACCAUGGUGCAGGAUGGCAGGCGCCAGCACUUCACCGUCUGCCCCAAGACGGACCUCUUCUGUAUACAGCCAUUUGGCGGUACACGCAGCGGUAUAAGUUGGGAUAGGUUUGAGGGGGACGUGCCAAUCUUCAACAAGCAGGGGAUCCCUCGGCCUCACAUCGCUCUAGAGUUCGACCCGCUUGGAUGGAUGAUGACCCGGAUCAACACGGCUAUACAAAAUGGUUUCUGCCGCACCCAGGAGGAAGUGCGCCUCGCAAGAUACCGUAUCAAAGAAGCCGCUACAGACCGCCUGGGCGAAUGGGCGAGCCGACUCUGGUUCAUCGACUACCGCAUUCGAUGCGGCCCCCAAGCUGGGCCGUUAGACACCGAGGGGCUGACGACCUUCCGAGGCAGGGGCUGUACAUUUAUCGACAUUACUGACGAGUUGAAUUGCACCCGUCCCGGCAAGUACAACUUCAUCGACCCCGAUGCGCCCGUCGGGUGGAUCUGGGGCGACGAUAGGCCCCAAGCAUCGAUGCACUUUUUCUUGGACGCGCUCAAUGAGGAACUGGACCAAUACGCUAACCAUUACCAACUUCCGUAUCCGGAUGUUGAAACUGAAACGUGGAUCACCUGGCCUCCCCGUGACAACGCGCCUGUUAUCGCAGUGUUGGCAUGCGUCCCCGACAGCGCAUUCAGGCAGCGCCCUGAUCCUGAUUACGGAGAGCAAUGA